ACCAAUUGGUCCACGGACCGGUGCCGGUCCGUGGCCCGGGGGUUGGGGACGACUGUUAUAGACGCUUCACUGCUGCAUCUCCUGCCCAGUCUGUUGUCAAGGCAAACACUGACCUGACUAGAGUUAUGACCAGUUAGGCAUUAAAUACAUGUGGUUUUAGCUAUUAAAAUAGUGUUACUGUGUAAAGGUAUUAGUGGAAUGUUACUCACUCCAGGUCAGUGGGUCAACAUCAUGGGGAAUACUGCUGACUGGACAGAUGACCAGAACAGUCAUUGACACCCUUCACAAGGAGGGGAAGACACAAAACAUCAUUGCUGAAGAACAUGGCUGUUCGGAGAGUUCUGUGUCCAAGCAUCUUACAUAAAAUUGAGUGGAAAGAAGAGAUAUGGUAGAAAAUGAUGCACAAACAGGGAGAACUGUAGUCUUGAAAGGAUUGCCAAGCUAAAUUCAUUCCAGAAAAGUAUGACAACCAGGCCUGAACCAGACAACGGCAGAGGCAUCUUACCUAGACUGUUGAGUUCUGUUUUCGCAUUAAAGUAAAUUCAGCAUUUCAUUUGAAAAUCAAGUUCCCAGGGCCCUUAAAAUGCACAUGGUUCUAUUGAUUAAAAUGGCAUUAAAAAGAUGUACUUUGUAUCAAGGCAGUCUAGCUAGAGUCAGCUCCUCUGUCUGUGCUUUAUCUGGACUGUUGAUACUAACAGGAACCCGUGUUUGCUUAGGUUUUCCUCAGCACACUGUAGCCUCUCUGAGUGAUCAAGAUGUCAAACCGUCAUUCAACAUGUCUCAUCUGGACAGCGGUGGUGGCCCGGCUCUGACUCUAGGAGGAUACUUCUGUCCGCAGUGCCAAGCAAAAUACACAGAGCUUCCUGUGGAGUGUAAAGUCUGUGGUUUGACGCUGGUGUCUGCUCCACAUCUGGCCAGAUCCUUUCAUCAUCUGUUUCCCCUCCAAGCAUUUAUUGAGAGUCCAGCUGAUAAUUAUCAGCAGAAUAAGUUCUGUCAGGCCUGUCAAGGGCAGCUGAAAGAUAAAAAUGUCCUCGCCUGUCCUUUGUGUUGCGGUGUGUUCUGUGGGGAGUGUGAUCUCUUCAUCCAUGAAUCACUGCACUGCUGUCCCUGCUGCAUUCACAAUCGGACUGCUACAUGAGGCCCAAACAGAGGCGGUCCUAUCCAGUUUGGCAAUCUGGGCAAAACACUCUACAAGGGGGAGUGGGGUGGAUUGGGUGUUUUGCAUUAGGCACUAUUGACAAUCAGAUACUCCGGGUGAGAGCUGUGGGGGGAGGGAGGAGGGGGAAUAUAAACAAUGAGAGGGGCUGGGGGUGCUCAUGCCACUCCACAAGAUAAUGUCCUGGGUUUACAUCAUCUGAGCCCAGAUUUGAAGUAUAUAGUUUGGAUAAGUUCAAUCAAACAGUUAUUUGCACUUACU